GUCGACGGUACUUGAAUUUAUUAAUAAGAUAAUAAAAUACCAGCGAUUUUAAGGUUGAUUUCGAAAUUUGUUUUCAAUCAUGUUUAUUUUGGUGUGAAUUAUCAAGAAUUUUUAGUUUAAAAUGAAGAAGUGCUGGUUUUGUGGUGAAAGCAACUCUUACAUUGUUAGUUCUGGAAUAUCUGGCAAGACUCCUUCGAAAAAUGGCAAAGUUAGUGUACAAAGAACAGUCACAUUAGGUGACGGGGAAGAACCAGCUGUAAUUCAGCAAAAUCAUGAAGUAACAGUGAAUAGCCGGAAUCACAAGCCUUCGGUACCAAAUAGAAACCUUACCAAUCAGAACGAAACUCCAGACAAGGAACUUGAUGAAAUUAAGUCAAGAUACGACAAUACUUCACAAAUUGUGUCUAAAGAAUAUAAAAACUCAAAUCCGAAAAGUAGUACUUCAACUAAAAUCGAAAUAUCGGCAAUCACUCUAGAAAUACAGGAACCAAGAAGCGCGACAAGAACAGAUAAUUAUUCAUCAGCUACAUCGACUCUGGAAAAAAAGCACCGAGCACCUGAACCUCCUAGCGAAAUUGCGCCGCUUGCCAGAGAAUCAGAAAAUUAUUUGUUGCGAGCUCCUUCAAUAAGAGAGAGUUUAUCAAGAGCAUCCUCAGCAAGUUCACUAGAUAUAACAAAUGAAAAUGGUACCAAUGGAGGUGGUUUAGCAGAAGAAAGCCAACAAAUGAGAAGGCGGUCUGGUGUUCAAGUAAGUGCUCCAACGACCGUCGAAGUUUCCGCUAAUGAACAGUUGCCAGUGUUUGCAAAGAGUACCGAAGAUGAAGAGGGCAUCAGGAAAGCAAUCGAGGCAAAUGAAUUUCUGAGCAAAAUUCUUUCUGGAAAACGACUAAAUGAUAUCAUCAAUGCCAUGCAACUCCGAGAUGUGCCAGCUAAGAAAACCCUCAUUAAACAAGGCGAUAAAGGCUCGGAAAUGUUUGUCUCCAAAAGCGGAAAAUAUAAAAUUUUGGUGAAUAGGAAAGUUGUGGAUGAAUUCGAUAAUACACGAGUGUUUGGAGAACUGGCAAUCUUGUACAAUGCUAAAAGAUUGGCUACAAUUCAAGCAGUAACGGCCGGUCAAGUUUGGGUUUUAGAGCGUCAACUUUAUCAAAAAAUUGUCAUUAGUUCAAAUCUUAAAGAACAAGAUGAAAAUCUACAUUUUCUACAAAACGUUGAAUACCUAAACGUAGUCGAUGUUGACGUUUUAAGGCAAGUUUCCAACUUAUUGAAGCCAGAAUUUUUCGCUCCUGGAACUGUUAUUAUCCGACAAGGAGACAAGGGAGAUAAAUUUUAUAUAAUUCGAGCAGGUGUAGUAACAGUUUCAAAAAGUGGCGAAGGUGUACUUGGAAUGCUUCAAAAAGGAAAAUGUUUUGGAGAAAAGGCUUUACAAAAAGAAGAUACAAGACAGGCAACAGUAACAGCUGAAGCCCCAGGUGUAGAAUGUUUGACUUUAACAAGAAGAGAUUUUAUCAAUCAUUUUGGAGAUGUGGAAAUUCCAAUGAUCAUGGUGAAAAAAGUUAGUGACAUGAAAACUGAUAUGUUGGGUGAAUAUCAGGAUAUUAUAUUGGAAGAUUUGAAAAUUAUCAAGACGUUAGGUGUUGGAGGAUUUGGAAGAGUAGAACUAGUUCAACAUAAAAAGCACAAAAACAAAGUCUUCGCCUUGAAAUAUCUCAAAAAAAUCGAAAUCGUUUACCAAAACCAACAAGAACAUGUUUAUAACGAAAAAAUGAUACAGAUGAAUUGUCGAUCUCCAUUUAUUGCAAGACUUUAUAGGACUUAUAAAGACAACAAAUAUGUAUAUUUUUUAAUGGAAUCAUGUUUGGGAGGAGAUUUAUUUUCACUUUUGCACAAGCAAAAAGGAAAACGUUUUGAAGAAAAAGAUGCCAAAUUUUUAUCUGCAUGUGUUGUUGAAGCAUUGGAGCAUCUACACAGUAAAGGCAUUGUGUACAGAGAUCUUAAACCUGAAAAUCUGCUGUUGGAUAAAAAUGGUUACUUGAAACUGACUGAUUUUGGUUUUGCCAAAAAAAUGCCCCCCAGAGGAAAAACUUUUACAUUUGCCGGCACCCCUGAAUAUGUAGCCCCAGAAAUCGUACUCAAUAGAGGACACGAUAGGGCUGUUGACUAUUGGGCAUUUGGAGCGUUUAUUUUCGAAUUAUUGACAGGAAGAACACCAUUCCGUACAGGCGAUAGCAGUCACAUGAGAACUUAUAAUAAGAUAUUGAAUGGCAUUGACAAUGUAAAUUUUCCAACUUAUAUGAAUCCAAAGGCCAGAAAUAUGAUCGAGAAAUUAUGUAGGCCAGUGCCAGCAGAAAGGUUGGGAAUGCAGAGAGGAGGAACCAGGGAUAUUAAAGCUCAUAAAUGGUACCAAGGUUUUGAUUGGCAAAAAUUCCAACAUUUGUCAAUGCCAUCCUCCUUCAAACCAAAAUUGAAAGAUGCUAUAGAUACAAGUAAUUUUGAUUUCUUCAAGCAGGAUAAGGACUUUCCACCUGAUGAAACUUCUGGUUGGGAUAUACAUUUUUAACAGCAUAUAGUUAGUAUCCUGACAUUUCACAAUGUGGAAGGAAUAAUACAAUAUUUUUUUAACACUGAAAAUUUGAAAGAAAAUAAAACCCCUGAACAGUGAUAAUAUAGAUAAUAUUUUAUAUUUCAAUUAAUAUUUUCAAAUAAAUACAAAUACAAUGUUAUAGUACAACAAAAAAAAUCAUUCAUGUUCAAGCCACACAUUGAACUUAGUUAAUGAAUUGUAAUUGUAUGCAGUAAUUAUAGAAAACCAUAAUAAAUUUUUAAAAUUUGUUCCCAUACCCUAUUUACCUCAAAAUUUAAAAUUUUAAAGUUAAAAUUAGGAAAAGACCUCAUAAAAAUUAAAAUAAACAAGUAUGUAUGUACAGAGUCCUUAUUUUCUAUUAUGUGACUGGUAAGUAGGACUACUGCCUAGGCGAUAGGCUUGUAUUUGGAAAAACAUUUAAAUACAAAAAUUCUCAAAUACUGCUUUACCUAUAGCUUCAAUAUUUUGUAAGAAUUAGGUAAAAAGGCAUAGAACUAUGAAAUGCCAAUGAAAAUAAGAUGUUUUUCUAUGAUUGAAUCAGAAUAAGUUUUAAAACUUAAUUACUUUUCUUGAGAGUUUUACUUUCAAUUUACUAUAAACUAUGUAACAUACCUAGUUCAUAUUAAAUUUAUUGUAAUACUUAUGUGCCAUGCUGCAUAAAUAGUGAAUAUAACUGCUCAUUCCAUAAUUUGGAAUUUAUUUAAAUGAAAAUGUAAACAGAUAUUUAAGCCCUAACUAAAAAAAAAAAAAAAAACAAAUAAUCAAAAUCUUCAAACUGUCUUUAACUUCCUUGAGGCACAUUCCCUAAAUUACCACUUAAAAGUUGCUGCGCAGAUCUAGCAGCAAUAGUCGGGUCAUAAAUUAACUGUGUGGGUUGUAAGGGAACUGAAAAAGUUUGUGGAACAGAUACUGCUGGAUAAUUAACUGGUGGGUAACUUAAAUUCACUGUUUCGCCUUGUGCAUAAGUCGUUUGACUUGGUGUUGUUGUACUUUGAGGUUGCCCGUAGCUAAAUUGAGCCAAAUUCGGUUGAAAACUGCUUGGAUUGUACAUUGGAAUUUGGGGAAGUGUUGGGAAUUGGGGUAUUGAUACUGGCGGAGCAGUAUAUUGGCUAAGAGGAGGGGCAUUUGGUAAAUUACUGGCGCUUGUGAGCUGACUUUUUGGAAUUUGAGGAGUUGCAAUUUGGAGAGGUUGAGGAGUAGCAUCUUGGGACAAUUGAGAAGUUGGAAUUUGAGGAGCUGGGAUUUGGGGAAGUUUACAUGCUGGACUGGGAUAAGAUUUUGGAGUUUCAGGCGCAGGUUGACUUAUAGGGAUCACACUUGGAGUGAACUGAGGCAACGAAGUUGGGGGAACUACAUUUGAAACUCCAACAAAAUGUGGAGUACUUGUCAAAGGACUGGUUGGAGUGGUAGCGGGUGCUCCUAGAUUCAAUCCAGCAGUAUUUUGUAUUAAAUUUGAAAUAUCUUGUGGGGCGCUUACUGUACUACUUAUAACUGGAGCACUAGAUGAUGUUGCUACUGGUGUUGUUGCUACAUUCACAUGACUUUGCUGGGAAGGUAUAUUCGCUGGUGGCCCGUAUGUGGUAUUUUGAGUCUCUGAAGGUGGAUGAGCACGAACAGGAAUUCGAUGAAGAUAUCCAUAGCCAAUCCCGCA